UUACGAAGCGAACCCUGUAACCAGCAGCGAGCUAGCUGUAUCUUUGAGCCGCCCUAAGCACUGAGAAGAGGGAAUAACAGGAACAAGAGCGCAGAGUAUUAUAUAUGUAUUGUUUUUACAAAUGUGCCCGAUGUAUUGUGUGCAUAUUCACCCGCUGUGAAAUUACUAACGGGAAAGGCAAGUUAACAACACAUGUCUAUGUUUGACAGCUAGCAAAUAAUGCCUUCAUCUUUCUAGAAGAGCUAGCGAGUUAGCCAUCCGCUGCAACGCUAGCAGCUAGCUUCGAGCUAUAGAAAGCUAAUUAACGUUGCACAUUUCUCCGGUGCUUGAGAUAGAUGUUUCACAGAAACAGCGGUUUGUUAUCUUACUCAACGGUAAAUGCAUUUCAACGAGAAUGCCGCUAACUGACCAAUUCGACGUAGCCCUUUCAACCUGAAGCCUAUAUGCUUGGUAGGCGUUUUAUUCUGAUUUCUAGUGAAAUGAAUUCAGUGUUGUUAUUGUAAGUAAAGUCAGCGACGCCAACGAUUUCUAGCUUGUCGUGUGUAGACUAGCAGACCAUGAUGAGCCCCCUCUGCGGUCACGUUAGCCAGCAACACCAUAGCUAACGUUAGCUACACACUUGGCUAGCUAAAGGGGUAAUGUUGUCUUAUAACUAAUUAAUCCGUGAAAGAGUAAACUGAAGCAAGCAUCUGAGCCAGCUAAACAUGGCUUCAGAGGAGACAUCGCUGCGUGCACUGGAGGGCCUAAUGACCGAGUUCUUUCACAGCUGCACAACUAAUGAGAGAAAAAGAGAAAUAGAAGAGCUGCUGAAUAACUUUGCACAGCAGACUGGAGCAUGGCGCCACUGCUUGUUCUUUCUCUCCAAUACUCGGAAUGAGUAUGUCAUGAUGUACAGCCUCACAGUAUUUGAAAACCUAGUGAACAAAAUGUGGAUCGGCGUUGCUUCACAAGACAAGAUGGAGAUUCGCAGCUGUCUGCCUAAACUCCUACUUGCACAGCACAAAUUGGUGCCCUAUUUUAUCCGUAACAAACUGUGCAAAGUCAUUGUGGACAUUGGUCGCCAGGACUGGCCAAUGUUCUACCAUGAUUUCUUUACAAACACACUUCAGUUGAUCCAGUCCCCAGCUCUGUCUUUGUUGGGGUUGGUGAUGUUGAAAACGACAUCAGAGGAACUUGCGUGUCCUAGAGAAGACCUCAGUGUCUCCAGAAAAGAUGAGCUACGUAAACUGCUGCUGGAGCAGGUACCCACAGUGCUUGGAUUGUUGACGGGUAUCUUGGAGACCUAUUGGGACAAGCACAGUGUCAUAGCUUCAACGCCGCCUCCCUCACCCACCUCAGGGGAAAGUGUGGAAUUGCUGGGCAAUUUGUUUCAGGGCAGUCAGUACUCAAAGCUGCUGUGCCAGCCCAUGGCGGCGCUGGACAAUGAGAGUCAGCAGCUCUGUUGUCUGGUGUUGGAGUGUUUAGCUCACCUGUUCAGCUGGAUCCCUUUGUCCACAAGCAUCACACCCACCCUGCUGGCAUCCAUUUUUCAUUUUGCACGUUUUGGUUGUGAUAUUCGGACAAAGGCCAAGACAGGAUGCUUCAUCUCCUCAAACUCAUCCUCUUCUAACGGUCAGCUUAAUCCUGGGACAAUGCCCCCCACAUCAAAUGGAGGCGGGCGAAACGGAGAGCAGACGGAGGGCAGCAAGGUGGACCGAGCCCGGCUUGGGGUGCUCGCUAUGACCUGUGUCAAUGAGCUUGUCUCAAAGAACUGUGUGCCAAUGGAUUUUGAGGAGUACCUGCUGCGCAUGUUCCAGCAGACCUUCUUCCUCCUGCAGAGGCUGACACGAGAGAAUAACGCUCAUACAGUCAAGACCCGCCUACAGGAACUUGAUGAGAGUUACUUGGAAAAGUUCACCGAUUUUCUGCGCCUCUUUGUUAGUGUUCACUUGAGGCGGAUUGAGUCCAGUCCUCAGUUUCCAAUUGUAGAGUUUCUUGGCCUGCUUUUCAAGUACACCUUCAACCAGCCUACCCAUGAAGGCUACUUCGCCUGUUUGGAUAUAUGGAGCGUCUUUUUGGAUUUUCUAACAACCAAAAUCAAAAGCAGACUCGCUGACAGAGAAAGUGUUCUGAAUAGGUACAAAGAUGCCUUAGUUCUUCUGUUAAGGGAAGUUCUGAAUCGCAUCCAGUUCAGAUACAAUCAGGCCCAGUUAGAAGAGCUGGACGAUGAGACGCUGGAUGAUGACCAACAGACUGAGUGGCAAAGGUACCUGCGUCAGAGUCUGGAGGUGGUUGCCAAGGUGAUGGAGCUGCUCCCAUCCCAUGCAUUCACUACUUUGUUUCCAGUGCUCCAGGAUAAUUUGGACGUAUACCUUGGUCUGCAGCAGUUUAUUGUCACCACUGGAACAAGUCGGAGGCUGAAUAUCUCUGCAGAGAACGAUUGCCGUCGCCUGCACUGUUCUCUCCGGGACCUCAGCUCCCUCCUGCAGGCUGUGGGCCGCCUGGCGGAACAUUUCAUCGGGGAGGUCUUUGCUGCACGUUUCAAUGACGCGCUGGCAGUGGUGGAGAGGCUGGUUGAAGUGACUUGCUACGGCACUCAGACGAGCCUUUACGACCUGGAGACCGCUGUGCCUUCUGUGCUCAAACCAGACCUCAUCGACGUACACGCUCAGGCCCUUGCUGCUUUGCAAGCCUACUCCCAUUGGCUGGCACAGUUCUACAGUGAGGUCCACAGUCAGAAUCAGAGCCAGUUCAUAAACCUCAUCACAUCUACAAUAGAUGCCAGUAGCCCACUCAUCACAUCAAAGGUACCUGAGAAGUUGCUGCUCUCCUCGUGCCAUCUGAUGGUUUCCAUCACCUCCACGGUGCGCCCGGUCUUCUUGGUCACGCUGCCAGCUGUCCGGAACAUCUUCAACCUCAUCACAACAGAGAAUCAGCCCCGCAGACUCCCCCAAGAGGCUCACAUGUUGGUGUGCAGGGCUUUGUCCAACAUGCUGCUGCUCCCGUGGCCAAAUUUACCAGAGAGUGAGCAGCAGUGGCAGACGCGCUCCAGCAACCACGCCAGCCUCCUGGCAGCACUCACUCGAGAGUAUAAGGGAAUAAGAGGGACGGUGAACAUUACUCCACGGCAACCCGAUCUGAAUAACAUGAAAGCGGUGAUACAGCAGACCCUGCCUGUGCUCAGAGACCUAGUGGACAGCAUCUCUGGGGAAUCCACCAAAUCCCGGCAGAUCUGUUACCAGAGUCUCCAGGAGUCGGUCCAAGUGUCCCUCAGCCUUUUCCCAGUGUUUAUUCAGCAGCCAGAUGUCACCGAUGAGAUGUUGGCCUUCUUCUUGACGCUGUUUCAGGCGUUGCGAGUCCAGAUGGGAGUAGCGUUCACCGGACAGAUCAUUCAAACUUUCCUCGGCAUGUUCACCAGGGAGCAGCUGGCAGCCAGUAUUCUGCAGGAGGGCAGUGCGGGCUGCAGGGUGGUGCAGAAGUUCCUGAAGAUCCUGCAGGUGGUGGUGCAAGAGCCGGGUCAAGCUUUCAAGCCUUUCCUACCCAGCAUCCUCUCUCUGUGCAUGGAGCAGGUUUACCCGGUCGUCGCAGAGCGCUCUUCCCCAGAUGUCAAGGCAGAGAUGUUUGAGUUGCUAUACCAAAUACUUCACCAAAACUGGAGGUACUUCUUUAAAACGUCAGUCUUAACCAGCGUCCAAAGAGGAGCCACUGAGGACACCAUGGAGAACGAGGCCCAGUUCACAGCUGCCAUGCAGGCUUUUGGACAGUCUUUCCUGCAGCCGGACAUCCACAUCUUCAAGCAGAAUCUCUUAUAUUUGGAGUCGCUCAACAGCAAGCACAAGUUGUAUCACAGAAAGCUUUUCCGGACCUCCAUGCUCUUCCACUUCAUCAACGUGCUAGUGCAGGUACUUCUCCAUAAAAGUCACGACCUUCUUCAGGAGGAAAUCACCGUCGCUAUUUACAACAUGGCCUGUGUCGACUUCGAUGCCUUCUUCUCGGCCUUCAUGCCAGAGUUCCUCAACGGCUGCCAGGGUGUGGACGCCAGCCAGCGCUCUGUCCUCGCACGCAACUUCAAGCUUGAACGGGACUUGCCUUCGUUCACUCAAAGUGUGCAGCGGCUGGUGAACGACCUGCGCUACUACAGACUGUGUAACAGUAGCCUGCCCACUGGCACCAUCAAGCUAUAGCACAAUGACUGAUCCACCACUCCACACAUCAACUAUGAUCUUCAAGGACUGCCUGUGCUGACCACUUUGCUGACUCCUUCUCCAAUGCAGCUUUGCUCCGCCCUCUCAGAGUGAGGGGGAGGAGCCACACGCAGCGUGUUGUUGAGUAAUCGGAGGUUGAGGAUGCUGCUGAUGUUUCUUUUUUAUCUCUACUGUAGUAGGUUGGCGAUGUCUUUUUUUUUCUUUUUUAAAGCAGCGCCCUCCUCAUGGUUUGCCAAUGAUAAUUUGGCAAGAAAUGUAAACCUGGUCUGCAGUUGGCUUCAGUCCAGACCCGGAGCAGUCUGAGCCAGGCCUUCUCUCCCACGCCCCGCGACAAAGACGGCUGGGACUGAGCACUUUCGACUCAUUUUGAGUUUUUAAAAUGUCUGCUUAUUCAUUAUGCCUUCGAUUUUUUUCAUCUCCAAAGGAGACGGACUCUCAACUUAAGAUCUUUCAUAUCAUUCCAUUCUGAAAAAGAGAAAAUCUGCUUGAUUAAUAAAGUGCUUUUUUAGUAAAACUCAGGUAUUGAUUGAUUUGCAAGUGUUGAAACAGUAUUGAUGGUGAGAAUAAUGGUUGUAUUAAGAGAUUCAAGACUUUCCUGUAUGUUUACAAUGUUUUGCUUUACACUUGUCAAUGGAAUCUUUUGAAAAUCCCUGUUGACUUAACAUUUUCCAACUACUGAUUAUCUUUUCCACUCUUUAAUUUUAGAUGUACCUAAAAAUUAAGAACACUGCUCAAAUAUUCAGAAAGUUAGUUCUGGUCAUGUGACUUGAUCCAUACAAGGUGAUACGAACGAAUGGAUUUAUUUUUGUUCCCUUUAAACCCCAUUAGUGAUCCUCCCGGAGCCCUUUUUUAUUUUUAAGGGGCGACAGGGUAUAUUUAGGCAGAGAGGACAGGUCAGCAGUUUGUGCCAUCACUGUAUAUAAAGGCACGUUGUCUAAACGUUGAGACUGAAGAUUAUUUCUUGAAGCUUUGCACUGUUUGUCCUUUUUUUUCACCAUUCAAACUCAGGGUGACUAAUUAUUGGGAAUUAAAAAUGUUGCAUGUUUUCUAUGACUUUAAAGCAGUGGUGGAAUGUAACUAAAUACAUUCACUCAAGUAUUUUACUUGAGUAAAAAUAUGGAGGUACUUACUGGAGUAUUUUCACAUUAUGCUACACAACUACAUUUACUUAAAUAAAUACUCUGAGUAUUUUU